AUGGAUGUGACAGCAGAACAAAUUGGGGCGGAGGCUGCACCAGCAGACAAGCAGCCGGUGAAUGCACACGUUGGCGGUGGCACAGUACUACCAGCAAAAAAACUGAAGAAAAAAGUCCGGAAGCCUCAGAGUGAAGAAGAGUAUCAGUUCCAAAAGCACCUCUUCACUCAAUCAGGACCAACUAUCAAUACCGACACCUGGUUGUACGACGAACAAGCCUUGGAAGACCUUGAUAAAGACAAGAAGACCGACCGGAUGCGGAUGUUGAAUGCGUGUGAAAAGGCCUACUAUGACCGGAAUUAUCCAAAGUGUCUUGAGCUCAUCGCACAGGCCGAGACGCUUUUCGGGGUCCAUCAACACCCAGUAACAACUCGAGAAGACCUCGACACAAAAGUGAAGAAGAGCAACAGGGUUGAGCGGCACAUCACUGAUCUUGUCCAUAUCAAGGAGAAAUGUUUGCACAAGCUCGAAUUAAAAUGA